UCCGGCUGGGCCCCGAGCGCCGCCGGCCGGUGAGAGUUGCGUGCAGAUCUGCAGAUCGGAAAGCCUGGAAGAAACUCGCUUGCACAACUUCGCCCGAGAAAUGAAAGCCGGCGGGAUGCGCAUCGUGCAGAAACACCCACAUUCGGGAGACACCAAAGAGGAGAAAGACAAGGACGACCAGGAGUGGGAGAGCCCCAGCCUGCCCAAACCGACCGUGUUCAUCUCCGGCGUGAUCGCCCGGGGCGACAAAGACUUCCCGCCGGCAGCCGCGCAGGUGGCUCACCAGAAGCCCCACGCCUCCUUAGACAAGCAUCCUUCCCCGAGACCCCAGCACAUCCAGCAGCCUCGCAAGUGAACAGCAAGGCCCCGCACCCCCCACCAGCCGUGCCUCGACGUCCCGACCUUUGGUAUUUCCCCGACAAAGAGAAUUGGCGUUUUCUUCGACACACUGCCCUGCUGGGAAAUCUAAGACAAAGUGAAGCGCCCCUUCCUUUGCCUUAAAUUUCCACGUCUGAGACUAGAAGGGAUCUGACCCCAACCUUGUGUGCGGGGGGUCCUGGCUGAUGUCAUCGUUCUUGUCCUCGUGCCCCUGUGUGUGCCUUUAGCAGAACCUGCCCAGACCCAAGUGAGGUUUUCAGAGCUUGGCUUUACGUGUCAGCAGCCAUCGAGGGCGUGGAUUUGGGAGGACGAGGUUAAGGCUGGAGGUACCAGGACGAUGCGUCUUAGCCUCUAGGGGGCGCGUUUCAGAAAGGCAGGGCAGGCUUUUGAAAGUGGCACCAGCAUUACUGAGUUCUUCCCGCCUGCCAGGGGGUCGCUGUAGGGGGACACCAGGGGCUCCUGGGAAAAGCCAAAGAGAAGCUCCCAUCUUUGAAAUGGCUCUUUCAACCCCAGGAGCCCCAUUCUGGAAAAUUAGAAUGUACUCAGUCCCUGCGAAGGAGCCCCCCCUGAGCGAGAUCUCAGCGUGCGACCCAGAUCCCGCGCUGCCCCUGAUCCCGACAGCCGCCAGCCAUCCUGCAUUUCUCGUAAUCACCUGCAGAGCCGCUUUUGAGUUCUAGAAGUGACCGCCAACCGGUGGAGGGGUGGACGUAAAGCUAGUUCUGGAACACCAAAGCAAGAGCAUUGAAUGCGUGGAAAGAGCAGACGCAAACCUCCCUAGAAAAAGAUAGAAACACCAUGUUCCAUGUGAGCUGGGAAAAAAGCCUGUCAGUCCAGCUGCCCUGAAUUUCUUCUGCCCGAGUGCAGGCUUGCCAGACCCCCGUUCACCUGGGGGAGUCCGAUUGUCCUACGCUGUCAGCACAUCUUUCCUGCCCAGAGCGGCCCUGGACUGCUCUCUGGCUCACGGCUGUCGGGUGCUUUAUUUUUCCGAAAGACCAAAGGGCCGGUUCAUCAGAUGCUGCAGUCUUCCAGAACAGCUGCUCCUGGAGCAGGUGCGGCCCGACAGGCCGGUCAACAGCUGUGUCUGCUGCAGGUCAGCAGGGGCGCUGUGAGCCACAUGCACACAGCCUUUCUGAUGUCCUUAUCAAGUCCGCGACUGCCAACUGGGAGCAGCGACGCAGACCUAAUCAGAUCCACCUCAGGAGCCCAGCCCUGCCUCACCUUCUAAAGGCAUCAAUUGCUUUCCCUUCUCAUCGAUUUGCUGAGAGCCAGGGUCUAACCCUCCAGGCGCCCUGGCCUCACAUCUAGUAUUUUGUAGCCGCUGAGAUGUUGGUAUCAACUGGCUUGCAGAGCUGCAGAAGC